AUGGGAUCCGCUCUGCUGCUCCACAAUCUGGACUUUCUUCUCAUCUCACUACUCAGCAGUUUAUGCCUGGUUUAUGCAGAUGAUGUGCUGACAAAAGAGGAACAGAUUGGCCUGUUGUUCAGAGCCAAGCGGAAGUGUGAGGGGAACAUCAAGACAAAGCACAAGAUUCCUGAUGGUUUCUGCUCACCAGAAUGGGACGGCAUUGUUUGUUGGCCCGAAGGGCCUCCAGGAAAGCUCAUAUCCACCGCCUGCCCAGAGUACAUCUACGAUUUCAACCAUAAAGGACUAGCAUACCGUCGGUGUGACAACAACGGAACGUGGGAGCAGGCCACAACCAACAAGACCUGGGCCAAUUAUAACGAAUGUGCAAAAUUCCUCUACCAUUACAACCACAGCCAUGAAAAGGAGGUCUUUCACCGUCUGUAUCUCAUCUACACUGUGGGAUACUCCAUCUCUCUGGGGUCACUCAUGGUGGCCGUCGUCAUCUUGGGAUAUUUCCGACGACUGCACUGCACCAGGAACUACAUCCACAUGCACCUAUUCGUGUCUUACAUGCUGAGGGCAAUAAGUAUUUUCGUGAAAGAUGUUGUCCUCUACUCUGGAUCAGCCUUAGAGAACAUGGAAAGAGUCACAGUGGAAGAUCUCAAGUCCAUCACUGAAGCGCCGCCAGCCAACAAAACACAGUUUAUUGGCUGCAAGGUGGUAGUGACCUUGUUCAUGUACUUCCUGGCAACCAAUUACUACUGGAUCCUCGUGGAGGGUCUGUACCUCCACAGCCUCAUCUUCAUGACCUUCUUCUCAGACAGAAAGUAUCUGUGGGGAUUUACUCUGAUUGGAUGGGGAGUGCCUGCUAUGUUUGUGACAGUUUGGGCAACUGUGAGAGCCACGUUUGCAGACACAGAGUGCUGGGACUUAAGUGCAGGCAAUUUGAAAUGGAUAUAUCAAGUGCCUAUUCUGGCAGCUGUAGUGGUUAAUUUUGUGUUAUUUCUGAACAUCAUCAGAGUCUUGGCAACUAAACUACGAGAAACAAAUGCUGGAAGGUGCGACACAAGACAACAGUACAGAAAACUGCUGAAGUCCACGCUGGUGCUGAUGCCGCUCUUCGGCGUCCACUACAUCAUUUUCAACGCCAUGCCGUACACAGAGGUGUCUGGAGUUCCCUGGCUGAUCCAGAUGCACUAUGAGAUGCUGUUCAACUCCUUCCAGGGAUUCUUAGUGGCAAUUAUAUACUGUUUUUGCAACGGAGAGGUGCAAGCUGAGAUCAAGAAGUCCUGGAGCAGGAGGAAUCUUGCCCUGGACUUCAAAAGAAAAGCUCGGAGCGGCAGUAACACUUACAGCUAUGGACCGAUGGUGUCACACACCAGCGUCACCAACGUCACGGCCAGAGGACCGCUGGCCCUCCACCUCACCACGAGGCUGGGGCCGGUGCCGGUCAACGGCCACCGGAACCUCCCCGGGUACGUGAAGAACGGCUCUGUGUCUGAGAACUCCAUACCUUCAUCGGGACAGGAGCUCCACAUCCCUGACGAGGAGCAUUCGGCUCACACUCGGCCCUGCGAGGACGAGAAGCCCUCACCUGUGGUGGAGGAGGAGAGGGAGACAGUCAUGUGA